AUCCGCAUUUCAUGUGGAUUUCAUCCUUUUUUUUAUGUUAUGUUGUUAUAUAAAUUAAAAUAAUCAUAUUACAAAGAAAUCCACUUCGUUAUGAUUUAAAAUCUUAAAGGAUAAGUAAUAAUGUAGUUUUACGUUUUUCUACUAUUACUAUCUUUGUAAAUAAAACAGGUAAUAUACUAUCUGUUAUCUAUAUUUCAAUUAAACAAAAUGGCCGAAAUGCUUUGAAAUUAUUCUAUUUCGUAAGAAAAAGUUUGAAAAAAACUUUAAAUAUGUCUAAAAAAGACCAAAUUGAUAGAAACGAACGUAAGUUGGAAUCUAGCGAUUAUGAACACCUAAUAUCUCAACAUAGUAUAUUCGAGUCUUCAAAACCUAAACACCAAGAACUACCAAGUUUUCCUGGUUUUUCUAAUGCUGAAACUCAAACAAAACCAACUGAUAUAAAAGGGCAGGGAUUAGGAACGUGGCACUAUAAUCCUUGGUGGAUGUUAGCGAGUACUUCACGGAGUGUUCCAUCGCAGGAUGAUUUUUCAGAAAACAGUGAUCAAACAAAAGUAAAACAAGAACCCAGCGGUGCAGGAACACCAGAUACAGAUCCUUUACAAAAUGACUUGGAUCAGUUUCAAACGACGCCAACGCCUCCGCCACCUGCAGGGCUAGACUCCUUUUGUGAUGAUUGCUCGGACCCUUUCUGUGAUUCCAGUGUGGCUAUAUGUCGAAAAUUAUUUCAUUGUCCGCACUGCAGGAAAAGUUACCCUACAAUUCUUGAAUUUAACACUCACUUGACAGGAGUUCAUCCUGCACAAAAGCCAUUCAGAUGCCAAAUCUGCUUGGAACCUUUUUACAAAAAAUCCCACUUACGACGGCAUUUAGACGCAAGCCAUACUCGAAAAGAUGUGAACAAAUGUUCAGUGUGCUCAAAAUAUAUCAAAGAUAAAAGUAACUUACGAAAACACAUGCAAGUUCACACAGGACGUGUACCACAGAAGCAGUUCAAAUGUGAUUUGUGCAACAACAAACGUUACAUGUCAUUAGAUAGACUCAACAAUCAUAAAGUGGUUUGUACAGGAGAGAAAGUACUGAAGUACUGCGAUAUGUGUACUAAAGUCUUUGACAAUUCAAGAUCAUUAAACAGCCACAAAAAAGUCCAUGCCCGAGAGUUAAAAUGUGAUAAUUGUGGAGAGCAAUUUCGAUCCUUGGAACAGUUUAAUAAUCACAAAAUGAUCUGUUUAGGAAACACCCUUGAUGCUGGUGGCAGCAGUUCAAACACUGCUGGAGCUCCAUUGAGCCGCUGCUGUACACAGCCAGGCCUAUGCGAGCAUGACAAACCAGCAUAUCUGAAUAUACCGAGCUACGCUGCUAAUAGAGUUCUAGAUGCUACUCUAUCAUCUUUAAAAUCAGAAAUGAACUGAUAACAUAGAACCAAUAUUUUAAAAGUAGAUUUAAACACAAUU